GCGGGCGCGCGGCGGGGCCUGGCGGGCGCGGGGCGCGGGGGCGGGCGGGGCGCGGAGCGGCCGCCGCCGCGAUGGAGCCGGACUCGGUGAUCGAGGACAAGACCAUCGAGCUGAUGAAAAGUCUGAGAAGGAAAACCCAUUCGAAUCCCCUUUCAUUCUGGAUUGGUGGAUCUGAAGCCCAGAAACAAAGUUUCAGAACACGUCAGUAAUGGAGGAUCAGAAUGAAGAUGAGUCUCCAAAGAAAAAUACCCUAUGGCAGAUAAGUAAUGGAACUUCAUCUGUGAUUGUCUCAAGAAAAAGACCAUCGGAAGGAAAUUACGAAAAAGAAAAAGACUUGUGUAUUAAAUAUUUUGACCAGUGGUCUGAAUCAGAUCAAGUUGAAUUUGUGGAACACCUUAUUUCACGAAUGUGUCACUAUCAGCAUGGACAUAUUAACUCUUACUUGAAGCCCAUGUUACAACGGGACUUCAUCACUGCGUUACCAGAGCAAGGCUUAGAUCACAUAGCAGAAAACAUCCUUUCCUAUCUGGACGCCAGGUCGCUCUGCGCAGCAGAGCUGGUGUGCAAGGAGUGGCAGAGAGUCAUCUCGGAGGGGAUGCUCUGGAAAAAGCUGAUUGAGAGGAUGGUACGCACAGAUCCGCUCUGGAAGGGGCUGUCGGAGAGAAGGGGUUGGGAUCAGUACCUGUUUAAAAACAGACCAACAGACGGCCCCCCAAAUUCAUUUUACAGGUCCUUAUACCCAAAGAUAAUACAGGAUAUAGAGACUAUAGAAUCCAACUGGCGAUGCGGACGACACAACUUGCAAAGGAUCCAGUGCCGCUCCGAAAACAGCAAAGGUGUCUACUGUUUACAGUAUGAUGAUGAAAAGAUUAUCAGUGGCCUACGAGAUAACUCCAUCAAGAUUUGGGACAAGACAAGCUUGGAAUGUUUGAAGGUAUUAACAGGACAUACUGGCUCGGUUCUUUGUCUGCAGUACGACGAGAGGGUCAUCGUAACUGGAUCUUCAGAUUCUACAGUGAGAGUUUGGGAUGUAAAUACAGGUGAAGUUCUGAACACGUUGAUUCACCACAACGAGGCAGUGCUUCAUUUGAGGUUCAGUAACGGCUUAAUGGUGACGUGCUCCAAGGACAGAUCGAUCGCUGUUUGGGACAUGGCGUCGCCCACCGACAUCACCCUGCGCCGUGUCUUGGUUGGCCAUCGUGCUGCCGUCAACGUAGUCGACUUCGAUGACAAGUAUAUUGUGUCAGCGUCGGGUGACAGGACCAUUAAAGUCUGGAGUACAAGUACGUGCGAGUUCGUUCGUACUCUGAAUGGGCACAAGCGCGGCAUCGCGUGCCUGCAGUACCGGGACCGGCUCGUCGUCAGUGGGUCUUCCGACAAUACCAUUCGGCUAUGGGACAUUGAAUGCGGUGCCUGUUUAAGAGUACUAGAAGGCCACGAAGAACUGGUUCGGUGCAUCAGGUUCGACAAUAAGAGGAUUGUUAGUGGAGCCUAUGAUGGCAAAAUUAAAGUUUGGGACUUGCAAGCUGCUCUUGACCCUCGUGCCCCAGCAAGUACAUUAUGCUUGCGUACAUUAGUGGAACAUUCAGGACGUGUCUUCAGGCUCCAGUUUGAUGAGUUUCAGAUCAUUAGUAGUUCCCACGACGAUACAAUUCUGAUUUGGGAUUUCUUAAACGUGCCACCCAGUGCCCAGAACGAGACCCGCUCUCCAUCUAGAACAUACACAUACAUCUCCAGAUAACAGUCUGCACUUUCCUACCCUCGGAAGGGUUUCACAGUCUUGAACUACUGGAUUUUUGGCUACUACAUGCCUGAAGAUGUUGAUUGACAGCUAAAGUCAGAAUUGGUUCUAGAUGCUGUGUAGAUGCAAAGCAGCACAAUUCUAUAUCUAAAUUCCUUAAUCUUUCCUGCUCUCAGUGGUCGUCUUUGAAUUUACUGCAAAUUCACUGACUUGGAGUAGACGAAUUUCAGAAGCCCAUCCUUCCCUGCAGUGAGAAAUCCAAAGCUUCACAUGUAAAUUGUCCGUAGAAACUGAACUCUGGUGGCUUGUUUUUCAGAAAUAUAUCAGAAGACAAGAAAGGACUUGGCCUAAUUUAUAUUGCUUUGCACUUUUGUCUGACUUUAAAGAAGAAACAUUCUCCAAUGAAAUUUGUGUGCCAAACACAUACCCAGAAUGUACAGAGCUUUGCUUUCGAAGUCACCGUUGUCCUUUAGACUUUACUCAUGACAGACCCAGAGCCUGUUUUGUUUGGUAGGAGUGUACGUUGGACUCGUAGAAAUAUUUCUGAAUUGCUCAGUAAUAUUUUUGGAUUACAGUUUACUUGUUUCCGCACCAAUAAUUUCUUUUAAAUUAAAGAUUACCUGUAAUUCAGGCUAGGUUAUCUAAACUAGUUGUAUAGCACCGUCUUUUCCUUUUCCCUGUGCUCUGUACUACAGCCGUCCUGCGCUUCCCCGUGUUUGGUAUAGUAAAACCUUUCCAUGUGUGCUUGCCUCAUUCCCGAUACUGUACAAGCAUGUAGAUAUAAUGUACAUAGCAGCGUGACCCCGGGUGCCGCAGGCGGGAUGUCCUGACACUACACACUAAUGCGGAAUGUGGUAGCACUUGGCGGCGGGAUGUUCAAACUACUGGCACUGCAGGGGUUAAUGUGAGUUUCCGAGACAGUUUCUCUGCAAAAGGAGGUUUUCAGUAUUCAUUAGUUGUUUGGUUUUUUGUUUUCCGUUUUUUCGUUUUGUUUUGUUUUUUAAUGGGAACUACAUAUUUUAAAAUGUAAUUUCUAAACUUUUUAAAAAUUAAAAAGAAGUGUUUAAUUUAUGUUCUGUAUCUUACGUUUUGUGCCGCAGUAUUUGCAGCUGUGUCUCCGUUCGGCGCCAGCGGGUCCCGCAGCCCCUGCUGUCCGUCCUUAGCGGUAGCUCGGCUGCUCAGUGGAGAAGACGCCAAGGGCCAAAGUUCAGUUAAUUUCUGUGUGAUUUGUAAUACGGUGGAGCGGAGGUGCCCUCGAGUCCGUGCGCUGCUUACCGUGCUGGUUACCUUGCUAAUUACUGUGCUGGUUUUCUUUUCCACAGCUGUGACCGCCGCGCUGUCCUGCUCACGGCUCCUCUUCGUUAGCACGCUUUGUCAGCAACUUGCUGCUUUUUCUUUUGUCAUAGUGUCCCCUCUAAUUUCUGUGGUCAUAUAAACGCUACUGCAUUUUUCUCAUGUCAGAGUAAGACGUGGAGAGAUGCAGCCGUGAGUGUUUUGUCUGCGUUAGCCGUGUGUGACUCCGCCUGUCGGUGGCUUUUCCUUCCUGCUCGGGUCGAGCUGGGUGUGAAAUGCGCCUGUUCUCCCGGGCAGCCGCGUGCUGGCACAGCGACGUCCUGCCGUACCUGCCGUCCCCUGAGCCCGCGCGCAUCGCGUGGCUUCUGUGCUGGCAGCGCUUUCUGGGGCUCGUGUUCUGUGCGCUGGGGCUCAGAGGGGCCGGGCGUUGACAGCUCAGAGCCGGCGGGCAGCGAACCCAGCGGGCGAGAGCCAGCGCGGCUGCGGGCUGUCCGCCCUUCCCCUUCGUGCUGAGAGAGGUGUCGGGAUCAGUGUUUAAAUUAAACUCCCAUGUACGUGUUACUACAACAAUAUUUAUUUCAUCGAGAUGACCGAAUGUGAUGAAUUACAGAAGGUUAAAACCGCGCUCCUAAGCGCCCAUACGAUCGCUUUUUGGUGAGCUUGACGGUAGUUUGUGAAAGUGUCUUACUUUACCCCUCUCAUCUAAUAGCUUUAAUAUUCAACUGUUGAGAAAGAAAAAUCUGUCGCAGCCCUGAAGAAAAAGGUAUUUGUUUCCGAAGAACGGAGUCCUUUUUUAAAAUGCAUGUGAGAUUUAAAUUCCUGUUUUUCCUUGGGAGAUAAUGGUAUUUGAACAUGCAGUCGGAACUUUUGUGCUUUGUGUACCAUAGCAGUGGACUUUUGUGACUGGCACCCAAGGAACUUGGCUCCUGGGAUGAAUAGUAGUGAUCCUGGCUGCACUCUGGACUUUGUUUUGCUGACCAUAAUUGAGCAACUGUACAUUACUGCUAUAUUAAUGUUUCAAAGCACUGGGAUAGUCUAAUUCUAACUUGUAAUUAUGUUUGCCAAUUAUCUGUUUGGAAAGUUGAUGUAUGAACAGCUUCUUGAAACUGUUAAAUUGUACAGAUAUCGUUCAUGAUCUAAAGCUUUGUACUGUGGAAUGUGCUUAAUAAAAAAAAAAGUUUGAACUUAA